CGAUCCAAGAUUUGCAUACACGAGGAAAUGUGAGAUUACUUUUUGUGACAAUGAAAAGUGAUACUCCUUCCGUCCGGGAAAAACCUUCCCGUUUAGACUUUUUCUCAUUUUUUUUGGAUGGUUGACUUAUGAGGUGAAAUGACAAAAAUGCCCUUACUAAAAAAACUGGUAAAGGACAGAGUGUGAUGAUCGAAUGGAAAGCUGCAAUAGUGGAAAUCACUGUAUACAUCAUGGGGGAAGGGAUAUGGGUUCCAUACAUCACAUCAAAUUUUACAAAAAAACAACUAGAGCAUGGGGUUGCCAUCAAUGUGAGAAGUCGGUUUGUAGCAAACAGUGGCAGGAAAAGGAUAGUGAUAGAUGCACAAGCAAUUGCAGAGACUCCCCUGCGGAACAGGACUACUAUAAGGAGUUUAGCAGCUGCCAUUGGUAAGCCGAAGUCCACCGUUCAUGAGUGGAUAAAAAAAGGUAUGCUUAGGAGCCAUUCUAAUGUUAUCAAACCGUACCUAACUGAUGACAACAAAGUGGCAAGGUUGAGGUUCUGUUUGAAUCAAGUUGAACCGGGCAGUAUGCCCCUCCAGCCUCGGUUUAACAGUUUUCACAAUGUUUUACACAUUGAUGAGAAAUGGUUCUUUAUGUCCAAAACAUCACAAAGGUUUUACCUGCUACCCGAUGAGGUAGACCCAUGCAGAACAUGUAAAUCAAAGAGGUUCAUAACAAAGGUCAUGUUCUUGUGUGUGGUUGGAAGACCACUAAUUACUGAUGAUGGAGAAGUGUUAUGGGAUGGCAAAGUUGGCAUCUUCCAUUUCAGUGAAUUAGUGAAAGCCAAAAAAAGCAAGAACAGGGACAAAGGAGUUGUGGAGGUGAAACCCAUCACCAGUGUUACCAAACAAGUGAGAAAAGACAUGUUAAUCAACAAAGUGAUUCCAGCUAUCCAAGAAAAGUGGCCUGCACAAUUAUCUAAAGACAUACACAUCCAACAAGAUAAUGCAAGGCCACACAUUCAAGGACUAGAGUCAGACUUUGUUGCUGCAGGUAACAGCAAUGGUUUUCAUAUCAGCCUAGGUAACCAACCCCCCAACUCCCCGGACUUAAAUGUACUGGACCUUGGUUUUUUCAGAGCCAUCCAGUCUCUAAAAGAGAAGUGUGAUCCAACCAGUGUGGGACAAUUGUUAGAGGCUGUGGAGGGAGCCUACAAUGCUUUAACUCCAGAAACUCUAAAUAAGGUAUGGUUGACUUACCAGCAAGUGUUGACUAAAGUAAUGGAGAAUGAAGGAGGAAACAACUACAGAUUGCCACAUAUGGGGAAAGACAGAAUGGCCAGGGCAGGGACACUACCUAAUUGCUUGAACAUUGAUCCAGAUUUAAUUCAAAAGACAUGUAGACUGCUUGACCAACAGAAUGAGAGUACACAUGAAGAUAUGGUUCAGUUCAAUACUGAAGAGGGCCAGGAGUUCCUAUCUUCAGAGCUGAACUGAAUCCAGGUUUAUAUUCAUGCAGUUUUUGGGUUUUGUUUUGUUUAAGUGCAGUGGCAGUGAAUGUGGGUUUUUUGAAGUGGUUACCACAUUCACUUUGUUUGCCUUUAGCUUGUUGGUAGUGGUAGUUUUUGGCUUUUGAUUUUUGAAUUUUGGAUUUUGCACCAUGUAACCACCUGCCAUAAGGUAUGUAUGUACUCACAUUAAGGCAACUACACACUAACUGCUCUAUAUUGAAUAAAAUGCAACAGCCAAC